UAACACGAGUUUAGACGUUGUAGAAGUAGUCGUUUUUAUUCUUAAAGUUGUUGCCGUAACGCUGUCGCUGUCUGUUUGUCUUUUCUCAGUCGACUCGUUGUUAUGGAGCGAUGCUUUAGCGUCAGCAGGGAUGGUUCUUCUGGCUCCACGCCACCACCACCAUCGCCUCCUCCUCGAGUCCUCCCUUCCCCUCGUCAUCCCCCUCCUGUGCCCUCCUCCUCUCCCCGAUCAUCCCUGACUCCCCCUCCUUCCCAGCUAGGAAGACUGAGUUUUGCAGGAGCGGUGAUGGAUGUCAGUAAAUGGUCCCUGUUCUACCUGCUGAGUGCUCAAGAACUAGCUACAGUGCGACAGGCCUGUGUCUUUGGCACCACUGCCAAUGAAGCAAUCUAUAUCACGCAUGGAAAUGAGGUGUUUGUGUUUGGGUUAAACUGCAGCAGCUGCCUUGGUACAGGAGACGGUCUGAGCACUGUUAUGCCGAAGAAACUGGACUUCCUGCGAGGGAAGAAGGUAGCCAGUCUGAGCUAUGGCAGUGGACCUCAUGUCCUAUUGGCUACUGACGAUGGACAGCUGUUUGCAUGGGGGCACAAUGGUUACAGUCAGCUGGGGAAUGGGUCGACCAACCCGGGACUCUCCCCGGUGUUGAUCACCGCUAACCUGCAGAACAAAAAAGUGAAAGAGGUGUCGUGUGGCUCACAUCACUCUAUGGCUCUCACUCUGGAUGGAGAGGUCUUCGCAUGGGGAUAUAAUAACUGUGGCCAGAUUGGUUCAGGCUCCACAGCCAACCAACCCUACCCCAGGAAGGUCACUGGAUGCCUGCAGGGCAAGAAUGCAUCGGGCAUCACAUGCGGGCAAACCUCCUCUAUGGCUCUUGUUGACAAUGGAGAGGUUUACGGCUGGGGCUACAAUGGAAACGGGCAGCUGGGAAUUGGCAACAAUGGAAAUCAGCUAACACCUUGCCGUGUCGCUGCACUCCAAGGGAUGUGCAUUCAACAGAUUGUAUCGGGCUAUGGACACUGCCUGGCCCUAACCGAUAAAGGGCUGCUGUAUGCCUGGGGAGCAAAUACCUAUGGUCAACUGGGAACUGGCACCAAGAGCAACCACCUCAGCCCUGUGCACAUCAUGGCUGACAAAGAGAGGGUCGUCGAGGUGGCAGCAUGCCAUUCGACACACACGUCGGCAGCCAAGACCCAAAGUGGGCAGGUUUUUAUGUGGGGUCAGUGCCGAGGCCAAUCCAUUGUCCUGCCACACCUCACGCACCUCACCAACACAGACGACGUCUUUGCCUGCUUCGCUACGCCAUCCGUUAUGUGGCGCCUCAUGUCUAUGGAGCAAGAUGACUUCCUGACGGUUGCAGAGGCUCUGAGGAAAGAGUUCGACAGUCCAGAAACGGCUGACCUCAAGUUCAGUGUUGAUGGCAAAUACAUCCACGUUCACAAAGCUGUGCUGAAGAUCAGGUGCGAGCAUUUCCGUUCAAUGUUUCGCUCCCAGUGGACGGAGGAUCAGCAGGAAGUGAUAGAGAUUGGCCAGUUCUCGUAUCCCGUCUACAGGUCCUUCCUGCAGUUUCUUUACACAGACACUGUUGACCUUUCGCCUGAGGAUGCCAUUGGCCUGUUGGACCUGGCCACCUCUUAUUGUGAAAACCGCCUGAAACGCCUGUGUCAGCAGAUCAUCAAGAGAGGAAUCACUGUGGAAAACGCCUUCACCCUGCUGUCUGCCGCCAUACGAUACGACGCAGAGGACCUGGAAGAGUUUUGUUUCAGGUUUUGUAUAAACCACCUGACUCGGGUAACUCAGACCGAAGCCUUCUGGCAGGUAGACGGAGCAAUGCUGAAGGAGUUUAUCAGCAAAGCUAGCCGCUGUGGAGCCUUCAAGAACUGAGUGGUACUUUUAGGCUCCUGCAACCUAAAAAAGAAAGAGAAAAAAAACAACAACUAAUGACCAAGUGGAUUUGGUCGUGCUGCAUGUGCAGCAGCAGAAUGCAACACCACAAUUACUAUUUCAGUUUUCACAUUCCUGUUGAUCCCAUCCACGACAAAAGAGGAGGCCCUUUCUUGAAACACUUAUUUAUAUAGACUUUAAAGAAGCACUUAAACAACGUUAUUCACAAGAUGCUUAAACUGGAUUUUUAAGCUGCGUUAUCUGUGGAUCUGAAAUGAGCACUUUGGCCAGACCCAUGGCGCCUUUUCUAUGGCAGUUCUUUACAUAUGUUAUGUAUACUUGAAUUUUUUUUUCUCAGCAGUGUUUGCUUUGUUCAUUUACUUUCUGGAAAAGUUCACAUGAGGGACCAAAGAUCUGGAAGGAAUAAACUACUGAAGAAAUCUAAAGAGAUGAACACUGUACUGUACUGAAAACAUGUUUCACACACUUGGCAGUAGAGCCCAGUUUAUUGGUGAAUUGAUUGCAUUGCCUAAUUGUCAGUCUGUUAGUAUUUGCGUUCAUACAGGAAAACUAAAGAAAGUAACGAGGAGAUGGGAGAAACACCAUUCUACCAUGUUAUGAUUGCUGACAUUGCAUAGUUUGUCCACCAGAGGGCGCAUUGUAAGUUUGGCAUUACCUGAUGGAGUAUUUAACUCAAAGCAACUGAUUGAUAAAGACAAACUCAUACAUAUACAUGACAUACACAGCUGAUGCAGAGCCUACUGUGGUUUGUUAUGAGUUGCUUGCUUGGUAAUUGUUCUCUUAACUGGUUCUUUGUACAUUUGGGGAAGUUCAAAACUGUUGUUAUACUAAAAUCUGUCUCUUCUUUAGGUGUGUUCAUUCUGCCUGACAUUUCCUCUGCAGCACUACAGUCAUUUCUUUAUAUUCCGUAAUACUAAGAGGUUGUUUUUUUAAGCUUAUUUAAAAAUCUAUGGAAUAUAUAGACUGAGAAAGUUGCACUUUUCUGUUAAGAAAAAUAACCAUCUUUGGUAAAAUUACGAUAAUAGCUCCUUUUUUCUUCCAUUGCCAGUACAAUGCGUUGUAUCUAAGGCAUGUUGUACUGUGGAAGCUUGCUCAGGUUUCCGCAUUAUUAGCAUUUUCAUCAUUACAGGUUGGUUUCUGUGUUCGGGCAAAUUCAAAAUAAAUCUACAAAAGUACUUAAGAGGAAUUCAUCUUAGUUUCUGUAGGUUUUUCUAUAUAUGGAGCAAAAAUUGCACUAAACAAAGCUACAGGAUACAUUGCAAAUUAAAGCAAGAGGAAUGCUUUGAAGCACUUUUUUUUUUUCAUUCUUUCACUUUGUCUUCUGAUGACCAAAAACUCCCUGUGCGUCCUAGCCUUUAGGACAACAUGCGGUCAACCAUGUCGUCUCCCAGUAAAGCCAAUGUGAGAUCAGUUUCUAUUUCCUUGAUAGGUUUCUAUUUCUUGAUGUACUCAGAUGCUUGAGGAGGAGUUUCUGUUCGCUCCAACUAAAGCAGAACUGCUAUUUAUUAUUAAGCACAGCUUCAGUUCAGGCCGUAAAGUAAUUUAGGAUGCUUUGAGAGCUUCUGUGGAAAUCAUUGUUUUUGGGAAAUGACGUCUAGGUUUACAGUUUCCGCUUGUUUUGUUUUUUUAUGAGCUGUUCCUUUGUUUUUUUAUGAGGAAAUUUAAACUGGAAGAGUAAAACUGAUUUGCAUAUUGUAUUCAGACACACACACACACAUUUUGUUAUACUUUCAUCAUUUAGGAGAAGUUUAUAAAACCAUUAGGUCCAUGCUUAAAUUCAGCUUACAGCAUUGCAGUGUUUGGGGUAUGCAUUAUUAUUCUGUUGCUGUUACAUACUUGAGACAUACUGUAUUAUUUUACUUUUUUAAUUUAGCUAUGGGGAUUAUAUAUUUCUGUGAAGAAAUAAAUAUUUCUUAAAUCUGA